CAGAGGAGGUUCGCUGUGGAUCUGCUGCUGUGUUGUGUUCAGGGACCUUCAUGUCGUAGAAGCUUCAUGUUGCUUCUCUCUGGAGUCUUUGAGUCUUUGAGUCUUGGAGGAUCUUUGAUGGCUCAGGUUUCAGUGUCGUCUCUGGAAAGUUGCGCAGCGUCAGGAAUCGUGGACGCAAACUUUCACAGCUUCUCAUAAACGAGUGAUAGAUUUGAAUGAUUUCUCGUUUUCGUAUUUAAAUCUUAAAAUGUUUAGAUUAAAAUGUUUAGAUUAAGAUGAGGAUUAACGCAGGUGAGUCACGCGCGCUGUGAGCUCCGCGGCUCAGCUGCUGCAAGAGGAGAAGUCGUGAUCUGUGCGGCAGAGGACGCACCGAUGAGACAACAUGGGUCCACUGCUGUGUGAUGGACGACUGGCACACUUGCUCUUUCCUCUCCUCCUCCUCCUGCGGGCUCCUCUGCUGUUCAGCUUCGGAGAGCGCACCUGCCCCAACAGCUGCCGCUGCGAGGGGAAAACUGUCCAUUGUGAUUCAUCGGGCUUCUUGGAGGUUCCAGAAAACAUCACCGUCGGCUGCCAGGGCCUCUCACUGCGCUACAACGAGCUACACACCCUGCUGCCCUAUCAGUUUGCCCACCUCGGCCAACUCCUCUGGAUUUACUUGGACCACAAUCAGAUUUCAGCUGUUGACAGUCGGGCAUUCCAGGGCGUCCGGAGGCUCAAAGAGCUUAUACUGAGCUCCAAUAGGAUCAGGUCCCUGCACAAUUCGACAUUCCAUGGAAUUCCCAAUCUCCGCAGUCUGGACUUGUCCUUCAACAAACUGGAAGUCCUUCAGCCAGGUCAGUUCCAUGGCUUACGAAAACUGCAGAAUCUACAUCUACGCUCAAAUGGUCUCUCCAACAUCCCAAUUCGAGCAUUCCUUGAGUGCCGUAGUUUGGAGUUUCUGGAUUUGGGCUACAAUCGGAUCAAGGCUCUCACUCGCACCACCUUUUUGGGCCUACAGAAGCUGAUGGAGUUACAUCUGGAGCACAACCAGUUCUCAAGGAUCAACUUUUUUCUGUUUCCACGCUUAGCCAAUCUGAGGUCACUGUACCUGCAGUGGAACCGCAUCAGGGUGGUGAACCAGGGCCUUCCGUGGACUUGGUAUACGCUGCAGAAACUCGAUCUGUCGGGGAAUGAAAUCCAGACCCUGGACCCUGCUGUGUUUCACUGUUUGCCCAACCUUCAAGUCCUAAACCUGGAGUCCAACAAACUGUCCAACGUGUCUCAGGAGGCCGUGUCAGCAUGGAUCUCGCUGACCUCCAUCAGCCUCGCUGGAAACAUGUGGGAUUGUGGCACUGGCGUCUGCCCCCUUGUGGCUUGGUUAAGGAAUUUUCGUGGCAGUAAAGACACCACGAUGAUCUGCAGCAGCCCAAAAUAUCUCCAGGGGGAAAAAAUUAUGGAAGCCACAAGGAACCAUGGGAUUUGUGAAGAAACUGAUUAUGUUCUGACUGAAACACCAUCACCAAUGUCGGAGUUUAUUUCUGAAGCCACUGCCGAACCAACCUUUGCUUCCACCGGAACCUCUGCACCGUUACCACCCAGCAGCACCUUUGGUCCUCUUCCACCUUUCAGACCUCGACCUGCUCCUCAUCCUACCUUUCCAGGUCACAUGAACAAAGACCUCCGAGACUCAAUAGCUGGCACUCGACCCACUCAUGCCCCUCCCCCAGAGGUUGAGCACAUGACUGUGCACAAAGUGGUGGUGGGCAGCGUGGCACUCUUCUUCACCAUGUCCCUCAUCUUGACAGUUAUCUAUGUGCUGUGGCGGCGCUACCCGGGUGCUACCAGGUUGCUGCAGCAGCGCUCCAUGGUGGUACGCAAGCAUCGCAAAAAGAGUCCAGAGCCGGAGCAGAACCUGAGCUCCCAGCUCCAAGAGUAUUACAUGAGCUACAACCCGGCUGCCACACCAGAAGCACUGGAGGUGCUGGGCAACGGCACCGGUUCCUGCACUUGCACAAUUUCUGGCUCCAGGGAGUGUGAGAAUGAGUACACGUGUCCGCGGCCGCUGCCCGGUGCCUGGCUGGGAGACGUUCCUACCAUCCAUUAACUCGCCCACAGGGAGAGCUGUGGACGCCG